AUGCAACUCUAUGGAACGAUACUCAUUGCUUUCUUGCUAAUUCUUGUUGUUGCACAAACAGCACACCAACGUGAGAACCCUUUAGGAAUUUCAUUGCAAUUCCAUCAAGUCAGAGAUGAGGAAGAUCCAUACUAUCAUCAAGGAAGGAUAAUUUUCAAUAACGCUCCGGUGGAAGAUCCCGAAGAACUUGGUAAAAUAUUUAUCACCAAGACACCGCCACCUCAUGUUUCAGCAGAUUUUGAAGCCAGAAGUGUAGAGUGUUCAACAGUGAUCAACAACUUGGAUGCAACAAUUUUUGACAAAAGUACCCAAGGAUAUGCGCAAUGCAGAAAGUUAACAGAAUGCAUGUACACUUAUUGCAAGCAAGAGUUGAAUGUCCUGAUCGGGUAUCUCAACCAAGAAACCUUCUUGUUGGAUGUUCCCAAUGGAAAAUCUCCCAUUAAUACUGCGUUUGAAAAGAUUGAGACUGUCUUAUCCAAGAGCAUUCCAAAUUACAAGAGCGAAAAUGCACUACUACUUCUCUCCUGUGAUGCAAACAGCAAAAAUCAAAACAAACCAAUACUUGCUGCGAACGGUAAUGUUUAUAAGAACCCAUGUGCAGCAGCAUUGGAAGAUGCACCUCAACCAUAUACUGAAAUGAGUCUCGAAAGGAUACCACCUGAUUUGCAUCCUAUUGACUCCAAUAGAAUACCCAAUAAGAGAAUUCUACUGAGACAUUACCUUCAGAUUGCCGUUAAAAUUGUGAGAUUCCUUUCCAAUUAUUUGAAGGAUCACUGUUUGUUCAGCACAGAAAUCCGAGUACUGCAGCAAGCAGAGCAACAAUUAGAAUUAGCACUCAAUGAGUUACUGUCUUACAAUGUUGAGGGUGUUUUAGAGACUGGAUCAGAUUCUAGAAGAGUAGCCAUCCCGAUACGAGACUUGGAGUUGAGUCGGGAAAUCGUUCAGAGACUGAAAGACAUGUUGAUGCAGGUGGUCAAAAUGUUGGUCUGA